CCUGUGUUGGUGAACCACUGUUUCAGUGUACUGGGAGGAUGCAUGGGAGCGUGGCGUGGUGGUUCGUGGUGCUGUGUGGCGGGGCCGCUUUGGUCGUUGAGGGAGCCACUGUUUGUACAGACAGACCGGUCAUUGGGAUCAUAGCCCAGGCUUCCAGCAGCAAGCGCCAUGGAGACACCUUCAUACCAGCCAACUACAUCAAGUACUUAGAACAGGCCGGGGCGAGGGUGGUACCCAUUCGUGUACGACAGACCCAACAGUACUAUGAACAACUUUUCUCCAAGAUUAAUGGCGUCCUGUUUCCGGGUGGCCACGUUAGCAUCGUCUCCAGCGACUACUCCAAAACUGCCAGGAUCAUCUACGACUUGGCUGUUAAGGCCAACUCCGAGGGCGAGGUGUUCCCCCUGUGGGGUUCGUGUGAGGGGUUCCAGCUGAUGACGUACUUGAGUACAGGACACAGACUGCUGCACUCAUCAGAGGCCUACAACGUCAGUCUGCCUCUCAUCCUGCAAACAGGUUACGAAACAAGCAGAAUGCUCGGAGGACUGACAUCCCAGCUGACCACAAUUCUGACCAGCGAGAAUGUUACUCCUAACUUCCAUCACUACGGCGUGUCGGUUGAGACAUACAACAAGUCGGCGUCUCUAAGACACUUCUUCCGUGUUUUAUCCACAAACAGGGACAACAAGGGGAAGUUGUUUGUCUCGACUGCUGAAGCCUACAAGUACCCGUUCUAUGGCACACAGUGGCACCCGGAGAAGAUCAAUUUUGAAUGGAACCCCAGUCUUGCUAUCAACCAUGGAGCUAAUGGAGUCCUUGUGUCACAGUACUUCGCCAACUUCUUUGUCAAUGAGGCUAGAAGAAGUUGCCACCAGUUCCCGAGUGACAGAGAAGCCGGUCACUUGCUCAUUGAGAAGUUCUUCAUGAAUUACUGGGAUGGCGGUUCCUUCAAACAGAUCUACUACUUCAACUUCACUCAGCCUGAGGGCAGCCACUUGGUCGGCUAGCUUCACUCCAAGGACAGCCAUUCUGGACCACUCACAGGAGAAUAACCACUUGAGUGGCUAGACCAUGCGGAGUAGAACCACUUGGUCGGCUAGCCCAUCCAGUGGAGAUUUACUUGGUAGGCUAGUCUAUCCUGAGGACAAACACUUGGUCGGCUAGCUAGCCCACCUGGAGGAGAACCCCUUGAUCGGCUAGCCCAUCCAGUGGAGAUUUACUUGGUAGGCUAGUCUAUCCUGAGGACAAACACUUGGUCGGCUAGCCCACCUCGAGGAGAACCCCUUGAUCGGCUAGCCCCUCCAGUGGAGAUUUACUUGGUCGGCUAGUCUAUCCUGAGGACAAACACGUGAUCCGCUAGCCCCCCCUGGAGGAGAACCCCUUGAUCGGCUAGCCCAUCCAGUGGAAAUUUACUUGGUCGGCUAGUCUAUCCUGGGGACAAACACGUGAUCCGCUAGCCCACCUGGAGGAGAACCACUUGGUCGGCUAGCCCAUCCAGUGGAGAUUUACUUGGAUGGCUAGCCCAUCCAGAGCAGAACCACUGUGUCGACUAGCCCCUCCGGAUUUGCUUGGUAGGCUAGUUUAUCCUGAGGACAAACACUUGGUCGGCUAGCCCAACUGGAGGACAACCCCUUGGCCGAUUAGCACAUUCGGAGGAAGAUCACUUGGUCGGCUAGCCCAUUCAGAGCAGAAACCCUUGGUCGACUAGCCUACCCAGAGCAGAACCAAUUGGUCGACUUGCCAACUCCAUGGACAACCGCUUAUCUGUGUCUUAAUCUCCUGUGCGUGGUCACGUUGUAUUGGCCUUGAGGUGAUGUUUCACCUUGUACAUAACUAUCUGACUCCGGCAACUGUACCAAGACAAGGAAGUAGGUUGAAUACCUCAUGAUGUCCAAUUAUUAUCUAGCAUAUUUUCCGAAACCUUAAUAUCAGAAGAGCACUGGUGCUGGGAAUGACAAAACUGUUUCUGUGUUGACAAGUUACAAGUUAAUAAAUAAUAAAUAUAAAGAGUACGUGAUUUUUUCCUCAUGCCGCAUCAUCAACCCGGAUGAGAUUAGGAUGAUGAUCCUACGGUUGGCUGCACAUCCAUCAGUAGUUCCUCAUAGCCCAAGAGGAAAUAAAAAUGUCUGAUUUUAACUACCGCAUUAUGUAAUAAAAUAUUUUCCUCACAUCUUUCAAUUUGGGAGGACAAAGAGGUGUUCA